AUGAAAUCAAACUCAAAUGAGAUAUUAAGAAAAAAGAUUUGUCCAUCUACCGGAACCUUAGCCAUAUUCGAUAAAUCGGAUCGCGCACAGCAAUUAUGCUUAUGGCAAGUAUUUCGAGAUUUAAAAAUUCGUCGUAAUUCUAAGGUGGCAGAUGUUGGAGCAGGAAGUGGUUGGCUUACUGUACGACUUGCUGCAUUUGUUGGUCCACAAGGCAAAAUAUAUGCAGUAGAAAUUUUGCCUAGAUACGUUUCAUAUAUCGAAGAAGAGAUUAAAAAACAUAAAUUAAACAAUGUUGAAGUAAUUCUUGGUACAACGACAGAUCCAAAAUUACCCGAGAAUGCAUUAUCUGCAGUCAUGAUUUUAAUUGCUUAUCACGAAUUCGAGAAACCAAUUACGAUGUUAACUAAAAUUCGUGGAGCGAUGAAAAUUGGCGCACGACUUGGCAUUUUAGAAAGAGAUAACAAUCAAAUGCGAAAAGAAGCGCGCGAAGCUUAUGCUAAAACAGGAUAUAUAUUACAUCGUGUCAAUGAAACAUUGGCUGAUAAUUUUGUAACUAAUGAACAUUAUUUAGCACUUGAUAUUGUUGUACGAGAAGCCAAAUUAGUUGGAUUCACAUUUUUAUUUGCUCGCGAACUCGGUGGGGACUACUAUAUUGCUGUUUUUGUUAAUUCUUAG